AUGAUCUGGAUCGCUUCCAGAGAAAUCUGCAGUGAUUAUUUGUGCAUAUUCAUCAAGUGCAUACUUCCACACGUCGAGAUGGCCGGGGCCAACGAUCGACAUUCUUAUCCAAAUAAUGAUACGAGCAGCGAUACAGAAGAUUACACCGACGACAGAAGAAGGAGAGUCUUCAAAAAUCGUCUGAGAUCUAGAACGGUGCUACAGCCAACUUGCUCCAAAUCCCUCUGCAUAAGCGGUUUGAAUCUCCAAGGGGCCCCGACGACCACGGAGGAUCGUGUAACUCUCGUAGUGGACAGCACCCGUUUCGUGGUGGAUCCGGCAAUAUUCACAGCACAUCCUAACACUAUGCUCGGCAGAAUGUUCAGUUCAUCGUUGGAAUUCACGCACACGAACGAACGAGGCGAAUACGAAGUGGCCGAUGGAAUAUCAGCAUCAGUGUUCAGAGCCAUCUUGGAGUACUACAAAGGCGGGCUUAUCAAAUGCCCCCCGUCCGUUUCCGUGCAAGAACUCAGAGAAGCCUGCGACUAUUUGCUGGUACCGUUUGAUGCCAAUACCGUCAAAUGCCAAAAUCUACGCGGUCUGUUGCAUGAAUUGUCGAACGAAGGAGCCCGAUGCCAGUUCGAGGUGUUCCUCGAAGAGCUCAUCUUGCCGUUGAUGGUGAAUUCGGCGCAACGGGGAGACCGCGAAUGCCACAUUGUAGUGUUGCUCGACGACGAUUCCGUGGAUUGGGACGAGGAGUACCCGCCGCAAAUGGGCGAGGAGUACAGUCAAACGGUCAACAGUACCGCCAUGUACAGGUUCUUCAAGUACAUCGAGAACCGAGACGUGGCCAAGCAGGUGCUGAAAGAUCGAGGCCUGAAGAAAAUCCGGCUCGGAAUCGAAGGGUACCCCACGUAUAAAGAGAAAGUGAAAAAGCGACCGGGCGGUCGAUCGGAGGUGAUUUACAACUACGUACAGCGACCGUUCAUCCACAUGUCUUGGGAGAAAGAGGAGGCGAAGAGUCGUCACGUGGAUUUCCAGUGCGUGAAAUCGAAGAGCGUGACCAAUUUGGCCGAGGCCACCGCCGAUCCGGCGCUUGAAUUGGAUUCUAGAGGUAACCCUUUGGGGCCUCCACAAAUUCAUCCGCUUGGGGACGCGCCGGCGCCUUCGCACCCCAACGACAACGACGAGGGCGUAGCGGAUGGAAUGCACGAUUUAGACAACGUUAAUCAUUUGAAUUCCGAUGAACAUAACGCGUAA